GGAAGAAAGGCAAAAACACGUCGCCGUUGAUACUAUUGGCCGACAGGGGGCGUUGUGGGUAAUGGCGCCCAUUCGAAGCUAGCAAGUGCGUGAUCCACUGUCGUGAUGCUGCUGUUGCAUUGAGUAUGUCUCUAAUAACAGAUGUGGGCCUCGGAUAAUUCAAAUACCAUCUCAUCAAACUCAGACGACCUUGCUGGCUUUCUGGAUGUUUUCCUAUUUAAUGACUUAGCAUCUACACAAUUGAGACUGUCUCAAAGAGUUUUGUUGUUUAGAUUCUAUAGAUAAUGGAGAACAGAUCAAAACCUACAAAUCAGGAUGAAACCAAAAGUGGGUUUUUGAGACCAUCCCCUGUCCGGUUAGGCAAAAAGCCAGCAAUUGUAACAAAGAGAAGCUGUAAGUCAGCCUCUAUACAGCAAGAGAAUACAAACUCCAACCAGAUUGGUGCUGACAGCAAACAGGAUGGGCCUGCCUCCAAACCUGCCAGUACCGACUGGCGAAAGCGAGUUCGUGGCGAGUACAUGCGCCUUUGUCAAGUGAAGCGGUUUAAAAGAAAUGAUGAGGUUCGGUGUGCAUUUUCCUCCAAUCGUAAACUAAUCAAUGAUGAACUGGAAAAACAUAAUUGCUGGUGGAAGGAACAACCCAGCCAGCCUCUUCAUGCUCCAGAAACUUUCAGUCAAAUACCAGUUACAAGAAAAUGUGAAGUUGAAAGUGGUAUGAGCUUCCCUCAUCAGAUGGCACCAUUGAGAGUAAUGAAUGCUUUAAAACCAAUUCCGACCAUGUAUAGUUGGGCUCCACUCCAACAGAACUUCAUGGUGGAAGAUGAAACAAUACUUCACAAUAUUCCAUAUAUGGGCGAUGAUAUUCUAGAUCAAGAUUGUGCUUUCAUUGAAGAACUAUUAAAAAACUAUGAUGGGAAAGUCCACGGUGAUAGAGACACAAAAUUUAUAAAUGAUGAUCUGUUUAUGGAGCUUGUUGAUGCUUUAUGGGCCAACUAUAAUGAUACCGACCCUGAGCAAAGAGAACUGUCUUCACCCUCUUCACAGAACACAAAUGAUGGCAUAAAAACAGAGUUAAAAGAAGAUGAGGUGGAUAAGUCCAGAAAGACUCCACCAGCUGACAUCAUUUUCCAAUCAAUUUCUGCUAUGUUUCCUGACAAAGGUACCCAAGAAGAACUAAAAGAAAAGUAUAUCGAUCUCAUGGAAACUCAAGACCCCAAUAAUAUACCCCCUGAAUGUACUCCAAACAUUGAUGGCCCAAAUGCUCGCUCUGUACCUAGGGAACAAACCAUGCAUUCCUUCCAUACGCUCUUUUGUCGAAGAUGUUUCAAGUAUGAUUGUUUCCUACAUCCUUACCAUCCCACACCAAGCAUGCUUACCCGUAAAAUGCCAGAGAAAAAGCAAGAAGCAGAACCAUGUGGAGAAACUUGCUUCAUGCAUUUGACUGGCUAUAAAGAACAAACAAAUGGUGAACAGCAUGAUGGCAACAAAUGUGAUGGUAAAGCUGGCCUCGAGAGGUCAGAGCGUGCAAAGACCUCCCCUACACGCACUGUAGGCAGGAAACGGAAAAAUGGCCUUCCUGCUAGUACAAAUGGUGAAGACAGCGAGAAGAGUAAUGAUGCUGAUUCUGAAAUAAUGUUCCCAGUUCGCAAGAAGCCAACCAGUGAUGAAUGGAGCGGGGCAGAAGAAUCCCUGUUCCGAGUUCUCCAUGAUGUCUACCGCAAUAAUUACUGUGUAGUUGCUAAACUGAUAAGCUCCAAGAACUGCAUGCAGGUUUAUCAGUUUGCUAUUAAAGAAACUGCCCACAUUCCUGAUCUGAAAGAGGACCGUACUCAAACACCACCCAGAAAAAAGAAAAAGAAAAACAGGUUAUGGUCUAUGCAUUGCAGAAAGAUUCAGUUGAAGAAAGACAGUGUGUCCAACCCGGUCUACAACUACCAGCCGUGUGACCAUCCUGGCCAGAGAUGUGACGAUACCUGUCCUUGCAUAGUGGCGCAGAAUUUUUGUGAGAAGUUUUGCCAAUGUAGCAGUGACUGUCAAAACAGGUUUCCUGGGUGCCGUUGUAAAGCUCAGUGUAACACCAAGCAGUGUCCGUGUUUCUUGGCUGUGCGCGAAUGUGAUCCGGAUCUCUGUCAAACAUGCGGAGCUGAUCAAUUUGACACUCAGAAAAUCUCUUGUAAAAACGUCAGUGUACAACGUGGCUUAAGAAAACACUUGCUAUUGGCCCCAAGUGAAGUUGCUGGAUGGGGAAUAUUCUUGAAAGUGUCAGCCGAGAAAAAUGAAUUUAUAUCUGAAUAUUGUGGUGAGAUAAUUUCUCAAGACGAAGCUGAUAGGCGAGGUAAAGUGUACGACAAGUACAUGUGUAGCUUUCUUUUUAACCUGAAUAACGGUAAGUACAUUAUUUUAUUUUUAAAAUCCACUUUGGUAAAUGGCGACCAUCGAAUAGGUAUAUUUGCCAAACGUCCAAUCCAGGCAGGAGAAGAGUUAUUCUUUGACUACAGGUACGGCCCUACUGAACAACUGAAGUUUGUUGGAAUCGAGAGGGAUAACGAAGUUUCCUGACUGCACGUUCUCAACUAGAUUUGACAGUUGUGCGAUAUCACUGGUUUUCAUCAUAGCAUUCAAUGCACUCGUGUGUAUGUGUAGGUUGUGUGUUUGUAUAAGACGAUGUGUAUGUAUGUAUGUUGACAUGACAUACAUUGAUAAACUUAUCAAUGAACUUCAAGCAACAUUUAAGGGGCUCCUUGCAUUGUGGACCUCCUUUUCUUUUUUUUCUUCCUUCCUUCGGUCCAUUCCUAGUCAGCCAUUCAGCUAGAUCAACGAGGUGGUGUAUGAGAGAGAAAUGCUCAUUGCUUCGGCUGACCAUUUUUAACUGCCAACCUAGCCUACUGCCAAUCCAGCCCAACAGCUAACAAGGCUGCUCUCUUCAACAUCAACCAAGCAAUGAUCUCAAAAGUAAAGGGAACUCACUCACCACAAUGUUCCAUGAACGUUGUAUUCUUUAUCCAACCAGUCCAUUAUCAUAUUGACAUUAAGUGUCACCACAUAUGUUCUUAUACUGCUUUGCUACCAUUCUAUAUCACAGCUAGGUAGUUCAGAAUGCAGUGAGUAAAAGAGAAGAAUGGUUCAUUAUGAUAUUAUUUUUACAACCCUCAUCUCAAUGUAUACAGGCUGUUCGAAUCCACCUCAAUGUACUUCAGUUAAUCUUCACCACAUUCAUUUCUCAAUUGAAAAUAUCAGAAAAAUUCAAUAAAUUUCUAAUAUAUGCACACACAUGUGCUUACACACCUAUAUACUCUCUUUCUCUCCCUCUCUCUCUCUCUUUCUCCCUCACAGAAUUGUGUGGGUAUAUUAUACAGCUACAUGCAUAUUUGUUAGUAUAGUACUACUACCAUUACUAAACAGUGCAAAGAUUGAGUAAAGAGGGUCUUUGUAGAAUCUUGGAACCUAAGGCCAUCGUUUCAUAUUCCAAUACAGGCAAUGCAUUGUGUUCUUAGUAAAAACACUUAACUCUCCCCACCCAGUUAAAAACUCGUCAUUAUUCUUUACAUCAUUGUUAUAAUAACCAGCAUUGACCAGAGAUAGUUUACCAUUCUACAGCUCAGAUAUUCAGUACAUGCAAUUCGAUCAAAAAGAUCUCUUAAUAACAAAAUGCUUUACUCCAGAUUAUUAUUAUUAUUAUUGCUGCUGCUGCUGGCAGGAUCGUUAGUGCCUCAGACAAAAUGCUUAGUGGCAUUUCUUCCAGCUCUUUACAUUCUGGUUUCAAAUUCUACUGAGGUUGACUUUACCUUUCAUCCUUCCAGGUAUGAUAGGAAAAAAAAGUACCAGUGGAGCAUUCAGGUUGAUGCAAUCACCACGCCCACUUUUCUCAAAAUUGCUGGCUUUGUGUCAGAAUAAGAAAGUAUUAUUAUUAUUAUUAUCAACUCCCAUUGACCACUAGUCUUAUUGGUUCUGUAUUGAGGGUGUGAGAGGGAAAAUAUAUUGAUUUUUAUCAUUGCCUUAAUUAAUGUUCUUUGUCCACUGCUGGGUAUGUAUUUAACACCACCACCACUACCCUCACCAUCAUCAGCAAAUCUAAAUCAAUUCCAGAUCUGAUGCUGACAUUGCUAGCAAGUAAGAUACUCAGUUCUGCCAAAAAAUUUUUCCUUUACUAUGUAAAGUUUAGCUGUGGAGAUUUCUAUACUGACUCUUCUCAAUCAAUGCCUUUCAGUAUCUCUGUAUUUGUUCGUUAGGUUACUUAAUUGCUAUACAUUUACCCUACCCUCAGUCAUCUUGUAUGUAUUACAUACAUACAUAAAUACAUACGUUAUGUAUAUAUGUGUGCUCUGUAUAUGUAUAUGCAUAGGUUUAAUAUCUUAGGGUGGUGGAAGUGAAGAGUUAAACUGAAAACAGGGCAUUUUCUUUGAAAUGAAAUAAAUGAAAUCAAAACCCAAACCCAAACAACAACCGUUGAUGUAUUAAACUGUCUUUCCCCUCUGUCUACCUCUCUGGUUGCUAGUGAGUAAAGAUUUCCUUUCUAGAAACCCACAUUUCUAACUAGAACUUCUCAGUUGACAAGAAACUUAACCUAUCAUUUGUGAUGUUUGUAGCCGGGCCGAAGUCACCUCGAUUGACGUACAAAUUUCAUCAAGACACAUAAAUCAUUUAAGUGAAAGAUAACAUCACCCCCACCACCACUACCACCACAUAGGUUGUUUCUAUCUCACAGUUUUUUUUUUUUUUUUUUUUUUUUUUUUUUUUUUUUUUUUUUUUUUAGUUUAACACAAUUUCCAUCAAAAUUUUAGAAAGCUUUUGAUUUUUUUAUAUGCAUAUUUUUAUUACAUUUUUUUUAGCAAAUUCAUCUUUUCAUUGAUUUUUAUAUUAUUAUUAAUUUUUUUUUCUUUAAACUGUGGCAACAUAAAUUUAUAAACAACAGCAAAAUGUUUACUGAAUAAAAUUAAUUCUGCUCUCUAAUAUA